CCAGGCUAUCUAUUUGUAGUUUGUAGUUAGUUUCUCCUGAAUCAAUUAUCUGGCGUGACGAGGACAAACAAAGAGUUCAUUUUUUAUACAUUAGCCUCUUGUGCUUAAAAAAUAAAAAAUUCAGACUUUCACCCGUAAAAACUAUUCUCUUGUGUACAAUUAUUAUACUUACUUCUUUGCGAAAUCGAACAAGAUGACCAUGAGCAGGAAACUGUUCGUAAAGCCGCUCGCGGCCGCGGGUGCCCUGGCGGUCCACCUCUGCGGUUGGAACGGUCCCGCGUUCUUGUUUGUGAAUGCCGAGGUCGAGAUUUACAAUCACAUGGUGGAGGACGCGUACCGCUUCCUCUACGUUCCCGAUCCGGACACCACCACCUUCAAGCCCUACGAGUCCGGGUUUGGGCAAACGGACGAGCAGCGCGGUGCGCAGCUGCACCACUGGACCACGCCGGAACAAGACGUUAUUUCCCAAACUACCGGCUUUCUCACCCGGGAGGAGCACGGAGCUGGUAGCAGCGCUAGCGGUGCUCCUGCUCCGUCGGUUCUUGCAGCUGGUGGUGAGAUCGACAUGAACCUACGGACCUUCACGGGCAAGGAAGGCACCGAGCAGGCAGUGAAAAAGCGGAUCAACGGCAACCAUGGUUUGUUCAUGCCCGUGAACCCCAUGGUUAUCACCGAAGAGAUAUGACAUGAGUGCACAAGUUGUAACCCCGUCAACACCUCAUUUGAUGUAUGGCAUGAACAGGAAUACAAACACCAGCAUUUUAUUUCCGUGGAGCCUGUGCAUGACAAUUUCACAGGCCGAAGGCAGUAGCUGUUUAUGCUUGUGAAAUUUGUUCGGCAUGACAAAGGCAGUAGCCGUAGCAGUCUGUUCGGCAUGAAAGGCAGUCUGUUCGGCAUGACAAAUAAGGGGGACGAGGGGGACGUCGCCUUGUGCACUCUCAUACGAGACAAAGAAGAACGCGGAAGAUGCGGCAAUGACGUACGUGAGGAAGCAAGGUGAGGCAGGAACUACAACCCUAACUGAACAAGACGCACAAAGCCAGGCAGCCGACCUCCUCGAGCGUCACACUGUAGCUGACUCGAAGAAAUUUCACCUCGAAGAAAGCCAGGCAGACUCGAAGAAAUCUUACCUCGUGCAUAUUACAAUGAAAAAUGCCCCCACCCCCGAACUUUGGAGCAUUUGUAUUGCAAACCUUUGCAAAUGAAACAUUUGCCCUCUUGCAUCUAUCAGCAUCACAGGUGUCCAAUCGUGAAUAGCAAAAAUUUGUAUUGCAAAAGACCCCAGCAAGAGUGGCGCUUGUCAUGCAAGCGACGCGAUACAACACGCCUAGACUCUGCAUCAGAAAGAUUCAUACUCCUUUCAUGCAUGGCAAAAAGUUUUCAUUUGGAAACUUCGCAUCACAAAUUUUUGCAACUUUGGGGGUGCGGGCAUUUUUCACUGUAAUAGUACACUGGUGGGGAAAGGACAAGAGCAGUUUGGAGAAAAAGCAGAAGCGUGAGGAAAAAGACCGCAACGACCCGGAGAUGAACAUCCAGUUUUUCACGCCUCAAUUUCUGGAUGACGGUACGAAUGAUAUUCACUGGUAUGACUCGAAGAUGGAGGAGCAAUUGAACCCGCAGUACGUUGACCGACAUUUGGUCGACAUUAAGCUGCAGUACAACAUUUUGACGACCGCCAUCAGGAAGAACUUCAAGAAUAGCGACGAGGAAGAGCUGGGCCUAUCCAACGCAAAUCGAUAUGAAGAUCUGGGUCCUGCUCUGGAAAUCGAAUAAUACUUGUCAUGCUGAUUAUACUUACAUGCGUCCUCACAAAGAGGACAAACUUCACUGAUUCCAAUACGCAGCGGCCACGCAUGAGAAAUUUGUGAGCGGUUGGAGUCGUCGUGCGUAAGAACCCGCGUGACUGAGAAAUCGCGUUUUUGCACGACAGAGGGUUACUUAUUUCAGCUGGCGCUAUUCCAAAACAUGCAUCUACUUCUUCACAGAGUUCUACUUCAGGGGUAAGUACUUACGUAUUAAAUGCGGGAACAAGUUCAGCAAUACUAUGCAAAAAUUUUCCAGACCUCCCAGACAAAUUUGUUUCCUGUUGAUGACCACCAGACUGGCACGUCCCGUUGACCUAUCAAAUGCAAAAAUGUCUGGGUCUGGAAACUUGUGGUGCUAAAAUGUGCAUGAUGAAAACACUUCCUAACGCAGUCCGGCAUGACAACUUCCCAAAACGCUUUCCCAUAGGCAAUCCGCAUGAGAAACUGCGUUUUUGCAUGACAAAAGAGGCUGCGACUUUUGUUGGUUAUGCAAUACAGAUUUUCUAGGUAUGGAAAGCCAGCAUUACAAGUUCCAACACUCCAGACCCAGACAUUUUUACAAUCCAUAUGACCCUGGUCCGCAGUGUGCGGGAAGACAAGAAAAACGUGUAUUUGGUCGGCACUUUGAAGGAGCUGGCGGACUAUCCGGUGCAAAAAUAUCGUACUCGUAUAAAUGCAGGUCUUGCAUUACAAAUAUUUUUCUUAAGGUAAAUCAGCAUGACAAAUUUUAUUUUUCAUGCUGAGAAAAUUUGUAAUGCAUUUAUACGAGUACGAUACUUUUGCAGUCCAUACGGACUUCUUCGGAGCGAGUGGCGACGAGACCACCACUAGCAACCGAGUUGCGGACGAGGUCGACCAAGAACGGUACAAGCAGGAGCUCGGCAUCAGUCACAUUUGCCUGACCACUUCUUCGCCGGUUUCUGUCCAGGAGGACGUGACCACACCUUCUUCCGGGGAUCAUGUCGGCGGCUCGUAUGAUCGUACACUGAAGAUUUAUGGCGAGGAUGCUUCCUCCACCGGGUUUCUCGGACGCGCCACUUCGAUGUGCGGCUCCCGGGUGGAGCAGCGCGGAAACCCGCCGCGCGGGAGAAAGCCUACUGUGGAGGCCAAAGUCGUUGAUACAUCGACCGAAAAGUACGUCCUCUACGCCAUUCAGAACCGGAAGGGCGCGCCGAAGAAACCCAUGCUGACUCCGCACGACAUGUUUGUGAAAGAGAGCGGCACGCGGACGCUGACGUGGGACGAGGAAGCGGCGAACCGACGCGGUACAACUGGUGGCUGCGGUAUUCAGUGAGCUCUGUGCCGUGGUGCAACGAAAAUCUUCGUGAUUUGUGCCGCAGCAGGAGUACUUUCUCAUCUGCUAGGUGUGCUAGUACCGUAAAGAGUAACUCAUUUUUAACACCGUCUUUCAUCUCGUCACCUGAGUUGCUGGAGCUGGUGAGGUCUUCUCAUUGUUUCGAUGUACAGACCCUGCCCUCUGGCGGCGCAGAGAGUAGGUCGGUGUAGAAGUACUCUUGCAACUACAAGGAGUACUAAAGCUACUGCUGUACAACUGAGUCAACCUCAACAAUUUAAAGAGAACGAAUAGGACCUAUUGAUUAUCAUGGGUCCUCGUUCAAUACUUAUCUCGUUGAACCGAAUUUUUUACCACAACAACAUUGAGCACAUUUAGCACCACAUUUCAUCGGCCACCAUUUUUUUGCCACCACAUUUAGAAGCACCACAUGAGAGUAGUUGCAGCACGAGGACCAAUGCGCCGGCGUGUAUAUAAAGGGAGUUCUUGUCCGAGGAUUUCCCAGGAGGUAGAGGUGCAACCUCUUGUUUUACCUCAAAAAAAUCGUGCCAGCAACGUGACUUCUGUUGCAGCGAAGUGGCUUAUAAGAAGAUGCACAAGUAGGUACAGGUAGCACAGGUAGCAAUAGCAGUACUCUACCAGUGUCUAUUAUAGGUAUGGUUUUGGACGAUAAUGCAAAUGCACUGGUGCGCGUGCAUCUGCAUCCUUAUGUUACCCCGCGCUAGUACCUCUGGUGAUGCGGAACCAACCGGCUUGACACUGAGAGUGAAAUCUGGCACCAGGACAACAUAAUUGCCGCAUCUGAACAUCAAAAACCGCCUUUUUCCUACAAGAUCUACCAUUUUUCUCCACACGCAAACGCAAUAAAAAACCUUCGCCUCUGACAGGCCUCAUGACAAGUACGAAGACGUUUCUUCGUAAAACUGGAACAAUUUUCAGGUCAAAGAGGAAAAGCCUCGUCGAGCACGGCGAGCAGCGAAGCUGCAGGCUUGCCUUAGCUUUGACGUGUGCCCAAGAUCGUAUCUGAAGACACACGUGUCAAAAGCAAGAAGCUCCUGCAUAAAU